UAGAAUUCAAGUAAAACUCUUCCCAAUUUUGCAGUGAAUGUGUUCUGCACCACAGCACUGCUGGCUUUUCCAGAUGACCAGAGCCUAUUGCCAGCUGUCUAAGCUGAAGAACAGUAAUCCACUUCUUACUGCCAUGAGGAAAAUGUACAGCCUCGUUCUCUUUGUGGUGGGCUCCUUUUGUCUGAACGGAAGCAUGGCAGCAGAUGCUGAAGAAAAACUAAUGAACCACCUACUGAGUCCUGACAGGUACAAUAAGCUAAUUCGACCAGCUGUCAACUCCUCCCAGUUGGUAUCCAUAGAACUGCAGGUUUCCCUGGCACAGCUCAUCAGUGUGAAUGAACGGGAGCAGAUCAUGACUACGAACGUCUGGCUGAACCAGGAGUGGAUUGAUUAUCGGCUGGCUUGGAAGCCCUCUGACUAUGAAGGAAUAAAUAAGCUGAGAAUACCUGCAAAACACAUCUGGUUGCCAGACAUUGUGCUUUACAAUAAUGCGGACGGCACGUACGAGGUCUCGCUGUACACAAAUGCCAUUGUAUCGAACAAUGGAAGCAUUCGCUGGUUGCCCCCAGCCAUUUACAAGAGUGCCUGCAAGAUUGAGGUGAAGCAUUUCCCAUUUGACCAACAAAACUGCACCCUCAAGUUCCGCUCCUGGACGUACGACCACACAGAAAUUGAUAUGGUGCUUAAGACUUCCACGGCCAGCAUGGAUGACUUCACACCAAGCGGAGAGUGGGACAUUGUAGCACUCCCAGGAAGAAGGACUGUAAACCCUCUGGACCCCAAUUAUGUCGAUGUGACAUAUGACUUCAUUAUUAAAAGGAAACCACUUUUUUAUACCAUCAAUCUUAUCAUUCCCUGUGUGCUAAUUACAUCCUUAGCCAUCCUAGUAUUCUACUUGCCUUCAGACUGUGGUGAAAAAAUGACUUUAUGCAUAUCUGUGUUGCUUGCCUUGACUGUGUUCUUGCUGCUGAUCUCCAAAAUUGUCCCUCCAACAUCUCUAGAUGUUCCACUGAUUGGCAAGUACCUCAUGUUUACAAUGGUGCUGGUGACCUUCUCAAUAGUUACCAGUGUCUGUGUGCUCAAUGUCCACCACAGAUCUCCAAGUACUCACACUAUGCCCCCUUGGGUAAAGCUGGUCUUCCUUGAAAGGCUCCCGGCCUACCUGUUCAUGAAGCGCCCAGAAAAUAAUUCGCCACGGCAAAAGCCAUGUAACUGCAAAAAGACAAAAGCAGAGAAUCCUUGUAUGGAGCCAUCUGACUUCUACAAGAACUCUACCUAUUUUUUGAAUACAGCUUCUGCCAAAAGAUAUGAUAUGAAAGUCUCUGAGACACCUGACAAUGUCAGCAGUCAUCGAGAUUUUAGGUUAAGAACAGGUGCGAAAUUUUCUCCUGAAGUGCGAGAAGCAAUUGAUGGAGUCAGUUUUAUAGCAGAGCACAUGAAAAGCGAUGACAACGACCAGAGUGUCAUUGAAGAUUGGAAGUAUGUUGCCAUGGUAGUGGACAGGCUGUUUCUCUGGAUAUUUGUCCUUGUUUGUGUCCUGGGGACUGUUGGAUUAUUUCUGCAACCGCUUUUUCAAAACCACACUGCUGCCAUAAACCCUUAGCUAUUAUUUUAAAUGUCAAUACUUACACAGACUGGUCUCAUUCUACUCUCAGUUCCCCUUUGUUAACUCCACAAAGGUGCCAAGUGAGUUGCACUU